CAAAUCCAAGUCAAAGCAACACUACAUAUAUCUUAAACCCCCAUUUUCUCAUUCCUCACUCGCUGCUGUUGCUAAACCCUCCUGUUUUUCUUCAAGCAAUGGCGGAUGAGAUAAAUUCUGACUACGCCGAUGGGUUUAAUCCUAAAUUCUUAUCAUCUGAGAACCCCCAGUCUCCUUGUCGACCGGUGGAUUCUGCCUUGGGGAUCUCUGCCGAUUAUCAUAACUUCCCUUUGAUCGUCUCGAAUCGAAACUUGGACUGUGAAGUCAUCAACACUGUGACUUCCGCUUCUCCGCAAGAAAACCCAGAAAGUUCUGUGGACAAGAUGGUCUUGUGCGAUUCGGCUUGUGGGUCUUCUGAAAACGGAGGGAGUAUGGGAAGUCUGGUGGUGGGCAAGAUUCAGAAUCUUGACGUUGAGCUCGGAAAAGAACCUCUCAAGGUGGACGCUGUCCAUGAUUUUGAAACGCUUGAUAUCGGGCAAGAUGAGAAGCAAGAAGUUGCGGUUGAUGAAGUGGAUGUGAAAGAUUUUGCAAGAAGUGUACUAAGUUUUGAUGGGAAUCAAGAUUGUGCGAAGGAAGAACUUGUUCGAGAAGGUCAGUUGGCUGCUGACAAAGAAGCCUUUGCACGAACGGAGAAGUUGUUGAAGAAAGAAACUGAUUCUGAGAGCAUUUUGGAAAUGAAAAAGAAAUUACUAUUGGAAAAAAUCGACGCCAUGUUGGUUCCUGGAGAUGAAAUUCAUCUACAGGAGGGAGAUAAUCCCCCUAGCUCAGGAGGGAUCGUGGAUGGUUGCAAGAAAACGAUGCUUAUGGAUGAGGAGAAGAUUGCUGAUCAGCAAAAUGAUUCUGAAACCAUGAAUGUUCUUAGAAGAAGUCAUUUGUCUCUCAGAAAUUCAUUGAAGAUUGAAGUAAUAGACGAAACUGCAUUAGUUGAACCGGUUCAUGUCUCAAGAAUUGGAAAUGGAGACGGGAUUGGUAUUGUUUGUCCAACAAGGUCAAUGCAGAUGAGGGUGAUCAAGUCCCAUGAACCUGAUAAAGGAGGGAAAAAGGCUAAAAAAUCAAGGAGGAAGGCAAGGGAAGGGAAGCUUUCUGAGAUGCAUUGGAAUAUGUGGAAUGUGAACGAAGUUGAUAAAGUCGAUGGACGCCAAGAAAAUGCGGAAGGAAACAAGAUAAUGUAUUCGAGGAAAGAUAUGGAAGCACUUAGGUUUGUGAAUGUUGCAGAACAGAAACGAUUGUGGAAAGCUAUAUGUAAAGAACUUUUGCCCGUUGUGGCAAGGGAAUACAGUAGCUUAACAAUAAAGACAGGCUCCACAUCUGAUCCUAGACAGCCUUUAGUGAAGAGAGAAGAAGCCUCUUCCAUUAUAAGGGAGAGAUGUUCAGAAAGCUUGGAUGGUGAGAUAGAGGACAUGGAAGGUGAUAAUGAAAUUACAAACUUUGUAAUUUCGGAACCGUCUUGCAGUCUUAGCCAAGAUAGUGAUGAUGAUAAAUAUUACCAUAGUAUUCAGAGACCUGCCUUUCUUGUGGAGGGAGAACCCAAUUUUGAUUCAGGACCUCCAGAAGAUGGACUAGAAUAUCUUAGACGUGUCAGGUGGGAGGCUUCCCAUAUUCCAAAUGUGACGGUGGCAAAAGUUGAUAGAAGUAAUUUUAAGAAAGAACAAAGUGUUUAUAUGCCGGUUAUUCCUGCAAUUGCUCAGUGCCCCGAGCAUUUACUGCCUUCGAAAGAGUGGGAGAAUGCAUUUCUUGCUGAUUUUUCUAAACUGCGUCAGGCUCUAUCACACUCUGAAGAAGAAUGUAUGAAGUCUGAUUUCAUCCUCCAUGAAAAGAUAGAUCCUUUAGUUCCGAAUUUGAUAGCUCAGCCAAGUGUCUUGCCUGCCAAUGAUGCCGACUUGCAUCAACCUGAGGAAUCGAAUGGCAGCACUUCAGCCAAGGAAAAGAGUUGCAACGAUUAUCCAUCUUUAUCAGCAAUUUCAAAGAUGAAUCCGAUAUUUCGUGUUUCGUCAUUGAGGAAGCGUAUAAACUCGUUCGAAACACAGACAACACUUUCAAGGGCCGAUUGUCUUUGGUUGUUUGCCUUAAGUGCAGCAGUUGAUACUCCUCUGGAUGGAGAUACUUGUGCUGCUUUCAGAAGUCUGCUUCGAAAAUGUGCUAGCUUGCGGGCCGAGAAGACCGGGAUUGACGACGAGGUGAUAAUGCUCAAUAUUCUUUCCACAAUUUCUGGAAGGUACUUUGGACAGUCGGAAAAUUGAAGAUAUGAUGGUGAGAUGAUUGACCUGUUUUUAAUCUUCCUCCCAGAUUCGUAUCUUUUUACUUUUUUGGAGGACGAUUUGAGGAGUCUGAUUGACAAUGAAAUUUGUAAAUUAGUUUCUAUCUUGUGAGGAAAAAAAAGAAAAUUAAAGUGUGUUUAAGAAAUUAUUCCUUUGGAUCAUGUUAUCAAUCCAUAUUAUUUGUUGGUUA